AUGGAGGAGUCCGAGGAAUUAACUAAAGACACAGAAUUGGAUGAUUGCAAUGAAGAGCAGGAGUCCAUCGAGCUUGUCUCGCGGUUCAGUAUCAUGGAAGAGUCCGAGGAAUUAACGAAAGACACAGAGUUGGAUGAAUGCAAUGAAGAGCAGGAGUCCAUCGAGGUAGCAGAACAGUCCGAGCCAAGCGCUCCGAAAUGGAAGCCCAACUUUGAACUAAUCAACUUAGAGGCUUCAAACGCCUUGUUAUAUCGUCUCUAUAUUCAAGGAGAUUAUGUUGGCUGCAAGUCUUUAAUCGGGGAAAUGCUAGAACAAUGCUCAAAUCAAAGCGAGUACGCUUUCUACAUGAGAGGAGUGAUUGCUCGUGCUGAGGGUGAGCUUGAAGAAGCUCUGACUUGGUUCAACAAAGCGUUAGCUAUAUCUCCUUCUUCGACAACGUUGGUUCCUCUCGUUUCUCGUCUGCCCUCAAAAUCAUACUAUUGGUUAGCUCGUGCUAUCUACCAUUUGGAUACAGAUUUGUUCAAUCCUUGUGAAAAAGCCCGUGAUCUUCUUAUGCAGUUAGAGCCUGAGAAUCUUGAUGUGAUGUUCAAAAUGGGCAUGCUCUACUUACGCAACAAUAACGAGGAUCCAGCUUUUGCUAUGUUUGGAAAAGCUCUCAGUUACGAUUCUACACAUCAGCAGGUGGCUAUACUUCCCCAUCUUCUAUAUUUCAUCUCAUUUAUUUAA